AUGUUGGCACGUUCGGCUCUCCUGGCGCACUCGGCGGAGCUUGCCGCCAACGCCCUCCGCGCCGCCUCAGGCGCCGCCGCCGCUGCUCCCCAAAAAAAGACUGGAAACCGCAUCAAGACUUUCGAAAUUUACCGCUUCAACCCGGAGGCUCCAGGAGCUAAGCCGACCAUUCAGAAAUUCGACGUCGAUCUCGAUCAAUGCGGAACGAUGAUUCUCGACGCUCUGAUCAAGAUCAAGAACGAGGUCGACCCGACGUUGACAUUCAGAAGAAGUUGUCGUGAAGGAAUCUGCGGAUCGUGCGCCAUGAAUAUUGGCGGACAGAACACGCUCGCAUGCAUCUGCAAAAUCGACGCGGACACAUCGAAGAGCACCAAGAUCUACCCGCUUCCACACAUGUUUGUGGUUAAGGACUUGGUUCCCGACAUGAAUCUGUUCUACGCUCAAUACGCAUCGAUUCAACCAUGGAUUCAAAAGAAGACUCCAUUGACACUCGGAGAGAAACAAAUGCAUCAAAGUGUUGCCGAACGUGAUCGUUUGGACGGUCUCUACGAGUGCAUUCUGUGCGCGUGCUGCUCCACCUCGUGCCCAUCCUACUGGUGGAAUGCCGACAAAUAUCUCGGACCGGCCGUCUUGAUGCAAGCCUACAGAUGGAUCAUCGACUCUCGUGAUGACUACGCCACUGAACGUCUUCAUCGUAUGCACGACUCGUUCUCUGCGUUCAAGUGUCACACUAUUAUGAAUUGCACCAAGACUUGUCCAAAACACUUGAACCCAGCCAAAGCGAUCGGAGAGAUCAAAUCGCUUCUCACCGGAAUGAAGACAAAGCCAGAGCCAGUACCAUCGUCGUUCGAAGUGAAAGACCUCUGA